AUGGAACCAAUCGUUGACGUAGAUUACCUCCCAUCCCCUGUGGUCCAGCCUCCGACCAGUAGAGACCCAGACAGGGUCUUUCCUUUGGACGGUAUUGACCUUAAGUCCAUGAGGGAUGAGUCUCUUGUCACCCUUCUCCAUUCAGCUCCAGUUCUUCACCAGCUCGGUGAGACGACUGUGGUGCGACUCUCGAAGGAUUUAGUGAUGAAAGGCGGCGGAAACGUGCUACCUUCGGAGGCAGCGGUCAUGAAACUGAUUGAAUCAGAAACGCGUGUCCGGGCGCCUCGGGUCCAUCGCUCCUUCCAAGUUCCUGAUUCGACCAAAUACUUCGGUACCAUGGGAUACAUCGUCAUGGAUUAUAUACGCGGUCAACCGCUCGAUCACUGCUGGGGGAGUCUUGACGAAGAACCCCGACACGAUGUUGCCAGCCAGGUCGCUAACAUGAUCCUGGGUAUGCAGUCUGUCAAAGUCACGCAACCAGGGCCGAUAUGUGGCGGGCCGUGCUGUGGUCGGUUCUUUACUGACUACGGUGCUGGCCCUUCCCAGAACAAAUCUGAGAUGGAAAUCUGGUUUAAUCAUAAACUGGCUAUCUGUAAAAAUUCCCGGAAUCUCAUUCUUGAUCCCAAUGGACAUGUUUGGCUGAUUGACUGGGCGGAUGCGGGGGCAUAUCCGCCUGCAUUUGAGAGUGCAGCUCUGGAUUCUCAACAGAGCUUCCCCGAUUUCAAUGCCAUGGUGUUAUCUCCUAUCCCGUCCUACCCCGUGGAACUCGGCCAAUUGCGCUCUAUCGAAUAUGGACUUCAGACGGCGGCUUUUGCGUAG